AUGUCGGGGCUGCUUUACACGCUUCUAGGGUUGGCGGCUAGCACGAGUCUCCACUGUGCUGUUCGCCGCGAGAUAAGCCCGUGCACCUGCCGGCAGGAGGAGUUCUCCAGUUCCGUUAUCAACCCGGCUCAGGCUGCGGCCGCCGCAGCGGCUGCCGCUAACACUGGUAUCAACACCGGUACCAACACCGGCCACCAUGGACACGGGGAACGGAUCGAAGUCGUGUGCGAGCGGAUGGAUUCUUUCGAACAACUGGCAGGGGCGUUAAGGGGCAAAUUCACCGCGGAACAACAGAUCACCUUACGUGUCUGUCAUUCGAAUCUCAGGGAUAUAUCGCGGCACGAUUUUAAAGAGCUACGGAUGUCCAUCAUGAAGCUCGAGCUGAAUCACGAUCGGCUAGGGUUCGUAGACGGCGAAGUUUUCGCGGGGUUGGGAAGAACGCAAUAUCUUAGUCUCGCGGAUAACGAAGUACCGUCUAUACCGAGACAUAUUCUGUCGCAUCUCUCUUUGCUGAGGACCCUAGAUCUCAGCAGAAAUCGGAUAAGCCGUAUAGACUCGGAUGACUUUAAGUACAAUCCGACACUACAGCAUCUCGUACUGGCCGGAAAUGCGAUUUCAGAAAUGAUACCAGGCUCGUUGCCACCACUAGUGAAGCACCUACACCUCGGCCGCAAUAACUUAGAAAGCCUGAAUCGAACCUUACGAGAUUUGAAUCAGUUGGAGUGGCUGUUAAUUAACGCCAACGAGCUCUCGUCUCUGGACGGGGAACUACCGUCCUCUGGUCACAACCUGAAGAUACUCUACGCCGCGGACAAUAAGCUUACUCAUUUGCCUGUGGAAUUUCGUUAUCUUCAUCGUUUGGAAAGUUUGUUUCUUCAACACAAUAAGAUUCGCAGUCUCGAUGGUACGCUGCAGAAAGCACGUCGAUUGAAAUUUCUCAAACUUUCGUACAACGACCUGCAAGAGUUGACGGAAGAGGAUUUCAUAGAGGCAGAAAUGCUAGAAGAUUUAGAGCUUGGACACAAUUCCCUAAAAUCUUUGGGCGGUGCGGGUAGUGGAAAUGGCGAUGGAAACGGGGGCAACAGUGCCCUUUACCCUCUCAGGUCUCUCAAGUGUUUAAACUUGACGCACAACGAGCUUCGCGAGUUCUCAUUCGCGUCACUUCGUGGUCUGCGCGAAUUAGGAAUACUUGAUCUCUCGGACAACAGAAUCACGCGGCUUCAUAGAGGAAGAACACCUUCAGAGAAUUUAGUGGAAGAAGAAGGAGAAGAAACGGCAGGCGGAAACAUUCGUGAUAUGCGGCUUCAGCACAAUGAGCUACGAAGCUUGGACGGUUCAUUGUUUCUUGGAAUGAAAAAAUUACAGAGGUUGAAUCUUAGUCACAAUGCUUUGGGACCAACGAUUGGACAGCGUGAUUUACGAGGUCUCGAUGGUCUCAAAGUUCUCGAUCUUUCUCACAAUGAGCUUACCACUCUUGAAGAUACAUCAGAGACGUGGCUUCCGUCCCUCGAAGAGCUGAAUGCAUCGCACAACCGUUUGGUAACCUUGUCUGAGCGAGACUUUCGUGGAUUUCCCGUCCUCUGCUGGGCAGAUGUGAGUGCGAAUCGGAUACGAACCCUAAUGCCAGAACUCGUGGCGAAUACACGUUGUACUGUCCAUGGAGUACCCGAUGUACUUCGUAUAUAUCUUCAAGAUAAUCCGGUGUUGUGCGAUCCCGGGCUCGCAGACCUGACCGUGGCUUUCGAAGUCAAUCACGCGAAAGUCUAUGGUGUCGCCAAUAAUUGUCCAACCACCGCAUCGAUCCCUACCGAACAAACGUCGCCGCUUCCGCCAUUACCACCGACUCUAUUGUUGGCUGCCGCGGCAGCUGCAUCAGGAGGAAAUGUUUCUUUCGCCGCGACCCUUGAGUAAAUCAUGAAAACAAACGUAAAAAUCGUAAAACAUCGAUUGGCGCAAGAAAAUUUGAACAGAGUCGAAGAAUGAAGAAACGAUCGGAAGGACGAACUAUUCGACUCGUGGUCGCCCGUUUGCACGAAGCUAUACAUACAUAUAGAUAGACACACGUGAGAAACGGUGAUGUUAAAAGUUCGUUUUAUUGGCCAUUGUGAUAAACCAGGAGUGUGCAGGCACGGGCAGUGUGAAUCUUGGUAUAACCUCGCUUCAAGUUCGACACGGGCGUUUUAGUUCGUUUAAUCUAAUCCGCUUGCGUGAAUUUCUUGGAAGCAUCCAAAUAAAAAAAGAGCGUUGUAUAAUAAUAAUAGGAUAACACAUACACACAUACAUAUAUACACACACACAUUCAUUAACGUCAUGAACACUGACAAAACUUCUCAUGCGCGGCUAAUCCCAUAUUCGACAGCUGACAACCGUUCGCGAUCAGACGUCGGUCUCUAAUCGAUAGACGUGUACUGCAUUUGCUGUAGUAAUUAUUAAGUAACGAGAAAUAUAUAUUUAUUUUAGCGAGUUUCGUUCACAUAUCGUGAGAGUAAUGUUCCUUUUAUCGCGACGGAACAAUUUCCAACGUGUUCGUAUACAUAUACAACUCUACGUGUUCGAUAGGACUCGAAAAUGAUCUCCGUGUCCAAGAAAAAGCAAAAAGAAAAAAGUAUAUUAUUUGUACGAGCACAAGAUGAAAAAAUUGACGGGAUCACCAUUGUAUAAGUCGAGGUCCAGAAACAAUUUAUUAAAGUUUCUGCUUUAUAAUAGGUGACAUUAUUACGCUGUAAAUAGUCAUUAAUUCCGUUACUUUUUGGACACUAUACGACCUGUUUACGGUAAAGUUCGCAUCCCAUUACAAAUUUCAAUUCGCAUCAUUUAUUAUUUAGGGUUUCCGUCUACUUCUUUUAUUAACAAUUUAAAAUAAUUGUAUAAAUUGCGUAUUGGAAAUGAUAUAAAAAUUUGGUAGGUGUACUCGAAGCUUUCGGGAUCGAUUAACAAAAUGUUUUUUAAUCGACCUCGAAAUCAUCGUUAAUCAUCCAUGCUUCAAAGUAUUAUCCGUAACGCUUAU